UGUCGCUGACAAAGUCUGAAACCUUACACACCAGGAAUAAUGACUGAGGAGAGGCGGAGCUCUCACCGUAGCUUUCUGGUCGGCUGGACGAGUUGAAAUCAACAGACGUUCCAAAGUCGCUGGGAUCCGAGCCCUUAAAGUCACCGUCCGCCAAUUUCACCCUUCGACUUUAUUUGUUUUUUUUGGUUAACAACAUAAGGAGGAGGAAAGGGAAGCUGGAGGACUUCUGGCUAUCAUGUGUCCCUAGGGGGAGGGAAAGUCUUCAUUCGUAUCACCAAGCCACCGAGGUCAGUGAUGGACAACUCGAUAACAUUGUGGCAGUUUCUACGGCAGCUUCUGGACGAGAACAAGAAUGACCUCAUUUGUUGGACAUCUAAGGAUGGCGAGUUCAAGCUACGUAAUGCUGAGGAGGUGGCACGGCUAUGGGGCAUGCGCAAGAAUAAAACCAACAUGAACUACGAUAAGCUGAGCCGAGCACUCCGAUAUUACUAUGACAAGAACAUUAUUAAGAAGGUGAAUGGGCAGAAGUUUGUUUAUAAGUUUGUGUCUAUGCCAGACAACCUGUCGAUGGAGCCAGAGAAGUGCGAUGCCUCAGACAGUGAGUGGACAAUAAGUAGGCCAAAGGAUGAUAACCUUUCUUUGCAGAGGCAGCUGAAGCCCACCGCCAGGGUUUCAUCUCGGAAUGAAUACAUGCGCUCGGGUCUCUAUUCGACCUUCACCAUCCAGUCCCUGAAAAGCAACAACCAUCGAUCCUGGGAUCAGGCCAACGACUUCCUUCCUGGAACCUUGGAGCUGCCAAACCUUGAGGGGAAAGUCCAGCUUCUCGAGAGGCCCCUUGAGGAGCCUGAGGUUCAACUCCAAGGCGAGGAGCAACAACUGCAAGAUGGAGGUGAGCUCUCCAUGGAAACAGGCAGAGAUUCUCCCUCCCAGGGAGAUCUCAAGGUGAAGGAAGAGGCGAUUGAAGAGUUGGAGUGUGACGUCCUUGAUACCAACCCUGCUGAUGAUGACUUACUUCAGGUGCCGAGCCCAAGUCAGGUGAAGGUGGAAAACAUGUGUAACCAUCAGCCACCGAAAACCAGGAAACCAAAGGAUCUUGAGCUGCCAGCCACGCUACUCACUGCCCAGAACAGUCCCCCUCCAGAUAAAAGCAACCCUGGUGUUGUGAAUACAGUGGUGUUUCCUACCUCCAGUGCAGUCACUCCAACACUGAUUACCCAGCACGUUCAGACCCCAAUAAUAUUGACACCGAAUGCUUUACCAUCUGCCAUUCACUUCUGGAGCACUCUAAGCCCAAUAGCACCGAUGAGCCCAGCCAAACUCUCAUUUCAGUUUCCUUCAGCGGGGAACACACAGAUCCACAUUCCUGUAGCGUCCAUGGAUGGAUUAUCUACACCAGUACUUUCAUCGUCAGCACUGCAGAAACCCUGAGCCAUGCGCAGACAGAAAGCAAUGAAGCAUUUCCAAGUGUCGGCUGUAGGUGGACUGGAUGUAUUCUAUUCAAAGCAGCCUCAAGCCUGAUGAGUUGUCAGGUUGGAUUGUACAGACUCUGCUGUCCAGACCCAAUUCCUUUUCAGAACAAAUCUCUUCACUCAGGACUGAUUGAUAGAGGUAGACCGACGUGUGACCCAUCUCAUCGUCAAGAGAUGUUGUCGGUGCAGGGUGGGGGUGCCGGGAGACCGGGGUACAUGCUUGGCAACUAAUCUUCAUGUAACAGGCUCAAAGGCCUGGGUUAUGUGCCCAUUCAUGCUUAUGCCUCACCUAGUGUGGGCACCACUGUGAUGUGUGCUGCCAAAACAGUGUUUCACAAUGUGAAAGUGGCCAUUCGAUUCUCAGCUGGCAUGUGUGCAACUCAGCAUCAGUCUCUGAGACACAUAUGCACGCACAUACACUCAUUACCAGAAACCUGCCAUUCUUAAAAAAGUUGCAUUUUUCAGGAUGUGAGAAACAGCCAAGGACUCAAAGCGGGCAUUAUAAUUACGGAGAGUUUGGAAGGUUUGCUUUAAAUCUCCAGAUGGUUGUUGAAGCAGAGUCAAAAUUAAUGAAAGGGACAUUGGGCAGAUGCAUGUAAAAGAGAAAUAUUGUGGCUAUGUCAGGUGAACAGGACAAUGGGAUGAGGCUGGUGGGAAAAGUGAUGCAGGAGUGGACUUAAUAGGUUGAAUGACCUGCUGCAGAGUAGUGACACUCUAAGGUUGUCAAUGAGAGUACUCCAGUUUUCCAAUGCAUUCUUGCUGCUUUUAGAACGAGUGAUGUUGUUGGUCACCAGUUGUGGAAAAGGAAUCUGUUUUUUGUUGCGGAUGCACACCAUUCGUUGACAUCACCAGGUUUGGUGGUAAUGUGAACAAGUGUAUAAAACAAGAGCCAAGGAUUCAAAAACCCAUUUGCUCCAACAAACCCUGACCCUUCACUCAAUGAAAUUAUCCCCUUAGUAUUUGGCUGCAAGGGAUGUCCCCAGAGACUAUGGUUUCAUUAUCUUAUUUAGACAAUGAUGACCUAGAUAAUUACUCAUUUGAAUAAAUAUAAAAUUUAUGCCCUCUUUGCCUUAUUAGUCAUUUACUUUGAUUGUCAUUCCAUACUCAUUGUAUCAUGCAUUUUGGUAUUUUGGACUUCGCUAGCUCAGUUGGCUGGACAGCUGGUGAGUGAUGCCAAACGCAUGAUUUUGAUUCCUCCGCCAACUGAAGUUACAGUGAAGAUCCUGUCUUCUCAAAUUUGUAUCUCACCUGGGAAUCUCAGAUUAAAUUCAUCACCAGCUGUCCCUCUCGAAUGGUGAUUGCUGACGUGAUGAUUGCUCCCAAUUGAUACUUUUUAGAUGCUGUCGUCAAGGCGAUCCAUCCCACCCUCUUAACAUCUAGACUGUAGAGAGGCAAUUUUAACCCUACAGUGAAAAUUAUCCUUGGGACUAAACAAUGCUGAUUCAGCUCUGCUGUGCAGCCAUCCUUGGCGAGCCCUCCAAUUAUUGCCCAACUCUAAUUUUCCUCUUUAUUCUAUUAUGGGAUGUUGUCAUCGUUGGCAAAGCCAGCAUUGAAGGCCUGUCUCAAUUUACCUAUGAAUUGAGUGGCUUGUUAGAAGCAUUUCGGGGGGGGGGGGCAGCUAAGAGUCAACCACUUCGCUAUGGGAAGAAGUCACAUAAAGACCACACCUGGUAAAAUUUCCUGAAAGGGCAUUUGUGAACAAGAAUGAGCUAUUAAUGAUAGUUCCAUGGUCACGAUAACUGAGAUUAUAAUACUAGAUUUGCCAACUGGAUUUAAAUUCUACCAGCUGCCUUGGUGGUUUGACUUUAGCUGAAACAACUAUAUCCUACUUCUUCUAGGUUCAAGGACAAUUAAGGAUGGGCACCAAUACUGACUUUACAAGUGACCUUUCUAAAUCCCCUAGAAGAUUCUAAACAAGCACUAGUGAGAUCAUCCAGUAGCAAGCAAGGAGGGCGAAGUGGCAUUUUAACAAAAAUUCUUGUUUCUUUGUGAACCUGAAAGCAAGAGGGGGUGGUGAUUUAAUCAAGUGUAAGAUGAGCAUUGUCUUGUGUGAAGGUCCUGAGAUGUGACAGAUCGAUUAUAUGCAGUAGUGGAGGUUAGUGCAUGAGAAUUUAAUGACUUUGCUUCAAAGUUAUUCCAGAAAAACCCAAUUUUCAAAUCAGCGAUUGGAGCUAGGUCUUUGUGGACCGUGAGGAUAAAAAGAGAUGGUUAAGGGCUGGUGAACAUGACAGCUAUCAAUUGUUGUAAGUUCCCGUCUGGUUCACUGGAGUCCUUUAGGGAAGGAAAUCUGCCGUAUUUACCUGGACUGACCUACACAUGACUCCAGACUCAGCAAUGUGGUUGACUCUUGUUGGCCCUCUACAAUGACUGAAGCAAACCAUCAAGAUAGUAGGGCAUUUGGGGAUGGGCAACAAAUGCUGGCUUUUCGUGACAUGCACAUCCCAUUAAAAAAAAUGAAAAAGAGGUUCAAUUUUAACUAAUUGAAUUUUAACUAAUUGAAAUUGGACCAGGCUUGAGGGGCUGAAUGGCCACCUUCUCCCCUUAUAUUUUGCACUCUUGUGAAAAGAGAUGGGUAGACUGACCUCCUGCGAUUUCAGGGGGAGAUUUCCACAUUUGAACAAAGGCACAGGCUCCACCGCAUCUGCUCCCACAAUAAGACAUUCUACUCCCGCACAUCCCAGAUGUCCAAGUUCUUCAAGGACCGCAACUUUCCCCCCACAGUGAUCGAGAACGCCCUUGACCGCAUCUCCCGUAUUUCCCGCAACACAUCCCUCACACCCCGCCCCCGCCACAACCGCCCAAAGAGGAUCCCCCCUCGUUCUCACACACCACCCCACCAACCUCCGGAUACAACGCAUCAUCCUUCGACACUUCCGCCAUCUACAAUCCGACCCCACCACCCAAGACAUUUUUCCAUCCCCACCCCUGUCUGCUUUCCGGGGAGACCACUGUCUCCAUGACUCCCUUGUUCACUCCACACUGCCCUCCAACCCCACCACACCCGGCACCUUCCCCUGCAACCGCAGGAAGCGCUACACUUGCCCCCACACCUCCUCCCUCACCCCUAUCCCAGGCCCCAAGAUGACAUUCCACAUUAAGCAGAGGUUCACCUGCACAUCUGCCAAUGUGGUAUACUGCAUCCACUGUACCCGGUGUGGCGACCUCUACAUUGGGGAAACCAAGCGGAGGCUUGGGGACCGCUUUGCAGAACACCUUCGCUCAGUUCGCAACAAACAACUGCACCUCCCAGUCGCAAACCAUUUCCACUCCCCCUCCCAUUCUUUAGAUGACAUGUCCAUCAUGGGCCUCCUGCAGUGCAACAAUGAUGCCACCCGAAGGUUGCAGGAACAGCAACUCAUAUUCCGCCUGGGAACCCUGCAGCCUAAUGGUAUCAAUGUGGACUUCACCAGUUUCAAAAUCUCCCCUUCCCCCACCGCAUCCCUAAACCAGCCCAGUUCGUCCCCUCCCCCCACUGUACCACACAACCAGCCCAGCUCUUCCCCUCUACCCACUGCAUCCCAAAACCAGUCCAACCUGUCUCUGCCUCCCUAACCUGUUCUUCCUCUCACCCGUCCCUUCCUCCCACCCCAAGCCGCACCCCCAUCUACCUACUAUCCUCAUCCCACCUCCUUGACCUGUCCGUCUUCCCUGGACUGACCUAUCCCCUCCCUACCUCCCCACCUAUACUCUCUCCACCUAUCUUCUUUACUCUCCAUCUUCGGUCCUCCUCCCCCUCUCUCCCUAUUUAUUCCAGAACCCUCACCCCAUCCCCCUCUCUGAUGAAGGGUCUAGGCCCGAAACGUCAGCUUUUGUGCUCCUGAGAUGCUGCUUGGCCUGCUGUGUUCAUCCAGCCUCACUUUAUUAUCUUGGAUUCUCCAGCAUCUGCAGUUCCCAUUAUCUCUGGCUUUAUUACUCUUCCUGGCCUUGUGCUACACCCCACUGCCCACCCUCACACGUACCCCCACAGGCCCACUGUGCCCCCAGGUGAGGAUUGCAAAGGCUCAAGGACUUUUUUCCGGCCUAAACUUUCAUUUAAAUCCUGCCCAGCUGGUGUGCUGGAUUGAGUUUGCCGGAUUCAGGGUUGAAAGGUUUUGGCUGAGUCGUAAAGGUGCUCGGCUGCCUAGCCACAAGGGGGGCAGGGUGUCAGGAGUGUGUGGUUUGGAUAGCUGAAGAGAGGGGUAACAACGAGAUUUUGUGCUUAUGCUCGCUGUGAACUCAAUAGGGAGCACUCCAACUCUGUAAACGUAAUUUUAACUGUACCCGUUUCAAAGGGCGUCGGCUGCUGUGCCAUCAGCAAGACUGGUCAAGAGUGUGCAGGGCAUUGCUCAGUUGUGUCCUGACUGGUACUGUGGCCAUCCUGGGUUGCACAUUAAAAGUGCCCACAGCCUGUACUCCAGCUUGUCUUUCUCUGCCUUCUGUGUUGACCUCCGAGGUAGUAACGCCUGAAACCAGAAGCCCGUGCCAUGAAUGUGGUUGGCAUGACAAUCGGCAUGCCCCCAGACUCUCAGAGCAGCAGCAACGUAGUUCAGAGAGAACGUUAUAUAUCGCCUCAAGGAGGAGAAGGCAUUGAUGUUUAAAGAUGGCUGCAACGAGGAGCAAUCACCAAAUGGUUAUUCCACUCGCCCCCCCCCCCACCAACCACCAUACCUCAGUGUGAGCACAACAGGAGCGAAGGCUGCUUGACACUCCCAAGAGACUUGGAUCUGGAUUGCAUUGCCUGAGAGUGUGGUGGAGGCAGGACCAAUCCAUGGCUUUCAAAGCGGAAGUAGACAACUAUCUGAUGAGAAAGGUAUUGCACUGCAUUGUGGGGAAAAGUGUGCGUUACGAGGUCAGUUGCUUGUGCAGACUGGGUGCUAGCAGAAUGCAGUGGGCCAAAUGGCAUCCCAUUCAUGAUUCUUUGAUUCUGUUGUUAAUUUGACUAAACGAGUGGCCCUCAUCAACUCCUUUCAGAGAUAGUAGGAACUGCCGAUGCUGGAGAACCUGAGAUAACAAGGUAUAGAGCUGGAUGAACA